AAAUCUAAAAUACUGAUGAAAAUCGUGAAGAGCCCCUCAGUGGUGCUGUCCCCUUAAAAUUUGAUGGGGAAAUAACAGAAGAUUGCAAAUUAUAUUUAUUUGCAAUCUUUCAAAGCAGGGGGUGUGGUUUUUUGGACACAGAAUUGGAAGUGUGUGCCCUAAUGGACUGGGAUUCCAAUGAAAAAUCACUGAGUAAAUUCAGAACAAUAAUUGUCCAAAAAAUGCCACACUUGGGAUAUGCCUGCUCUUGUGAUAUAGACAGGCAUACUUUCAUGAACAAAGUUUCAUCUUGCACCUCUGAAGAUGUAGAUGAACUGUAUGCAGGAUGUAUACAUGCUGAGGCAGCCAAAGAGUUUUGCAGAAAAUUCAAAGAUCUUUACGGCAUUGAAGAAAAUUCUGAGGAGAUGACUAGUUCAGGUUGGUUCAUUCAUAAUUACAUAUUUGAAAGGCAUAAGGAAACUCUUAAUAUUGAAGAAGAUUGCUUGUGGAAAUUUGGAAAAGUACCUGGAAUUAAUAUGAUUAUGGUUUAUAUGUUGAGUAAAUUAAUUUAA